AGCUUCUAGGCCAGUGAGAGGAGGGAGGUGCCAGGCAGCUGAGGGCCAGGAAAGAUGUGAGAAACUCUAGCUGGUGACCAAGAGGAGUAGAGUGUGCCCUUAGUUCAUAUGAACUAGAGGGAGCUGGUAUUUGCACAGCAGUCAGGGUCACAUGAGUGAUCAUGGUACAGUGAGAAGUUCUCCCUCCCAAGGCGAGGUCACAGGGUUUGUUUCUGUUCAAUCCGGAUUUUUCCAGUAAGAGCUUCAACUUCCCACACUGAAGCUGAGAGCCUCCCAAACUGCUGGCUACCUGCUGAGCGCCCCUGUAACUCUGACACAGUCGUAAUUUGAGCCUCUGCGAUUGCCGUCUGCUUCCUGUGAAAGUCCUUUCCGUGCCCCAGACCCUUGAGUGGGCCUUUCAGCUGCUGACUUUCAGCUGGAACUUGAAGGGACCCCCUACCCUGAGACACUAUGGCCCUGACCUCAGAGCUGGGGAAACAGAUAAAACUGAAAGAGGUGGAGGGGACCCUCCUGCAGCCUGCAACUGUGGACAACUGGAGCGAGAUCCAGAGCUUCGAGGCCAAACCAGAUGAUCUCCUCAUCUGCACCUAUCCUAAAGCAGGGACAACGUGGAUUCAGGAAAUUGUCGAUAUGAUUGAACAGAAUGGGGACGUGGAGAAGUGCCAGCGAACCAUCAUCCAACACCGUCAUCCUUUCAUUGAGUGGGCUCGGCCACCCCAACCUUCUGGUGUGGAAAAAGCCAAAGCAAUGCCCUCUCCACGGAUACUAAAGACUCACCUUUCCACUCAGCUGCUGCCGCCGUCUUUCUGGGAAAACAACUGCAAGUUCCUUUAUGUAGCUCGAAAUGCCAAAGACUGUAUGGUUUCCUACUACCAUUUCCAAAGGAUGAACCACAUGCUUCCUGACCCUGGUACCUGGGAAGAGUAUUUUGAAACCUUCAUCAAUGGAAAAGUGGUUUGGGGUUCCUGGUUUGACCAUGUGAAAGGAUGGUGGGAGAUGAAAGACAGAUACCAGAUUCUCUUCCUCUUCUAUGAGGACAUAAAGAGGGACCCAAAGCAUGAAAUUCGGAAGGUGGUGCAGUUCAUGGGAAAGAACAUGGAUGAAACAGUGAUAGAUAAAAUUGUCCAGGAGACGUCAUUUGAGAAAAUGAAAGAAAAUCCCAUGACAAAUCGUUCUACAGUUUCCAAAUCUAUCAUGGACCAGUCAAUUUCCUCCUUCAUGAGAAAAGGAACUGUGGGGGAUUGGAAAAACCACUUCACUGUUGCCCAGAAUGAGAGGUUUGAUGAAAUCUAUAGAAAAAAGAUGGAAGGAACCUCCAUAAACUUCUGCAUGGAACUCUGAGCAAGAUGUAAAUAAAAUUAAAAGGUGGAUGGCAAGAGUGCAAAUACUAUCUUCAAUCCUUCAGUCCCAGCCAGAAGAAUCUCUGAAAGCAUAUUGUGAAUGUAUACAAUGUAGUAUAAACGAUCUCUGUGAUGAUUAACAGUAUGUCACCACUUCAUUUUUUUAAAAAGGAUCAUGUCUAAUGCCCAUUUUCCCAACUAUUCUUUCCAAAGUAAGAUAUAAGAUACCUUAAUAAACUAAGUAAAAC